UUCCUUCCUAUUUUUAGCACAAAGGUCGGAGCUCACUAAGUUGCUGUGGAAUCUUCUAACGAAGGCCAAGGCCAACACCUUCCCUGGUUGCAUUUUAUUUCUGUAUCGUCUUUAUUCUUUAAAAGCCAACGUGUGAUGGAUAAUGUUGUAAAUCGACUCGCUUUUCCACACAGUUUCAUCUGCUAGCCAACGUGCCUCUUCGCAAAGGCUUAGGAACGCUCGCUUGACAUUCAUUCAAACUCAUUUCUCACGGUCGGCCGCCCGCCGAUACCAAAGUGUUGAUGGCCCACGUGAUGUGAGCGCGUUUAGGAAUCAUACCCGGGAAGCGAGAGGGAGGGCAGCCGGGCGGGCAACCGGGUGGGCUGAGCUCGUCCUCAAAAUGCCGGCUAGCAACGCACGACAUACGCUAACGCGUACGUAUCCGAUAUAGAGCGUUUGAGAGCAGUUUCGGCUCGUACAUGGGAGAUGACCCCCUGGACGCGUGGCUCAAGUUUGUGGAGUACUUGGACCAAAGCGGCAGCGGUGAAACGGCGAUGGUGCUCAAAAGGCUGGUGCAGAACUUUCUGGGAGUGGAGCGAUAUGCCGACGACGCCCGCUUUGUCAACGUGUGCAUCAGAUGCGCCACCUACUUCUCGGAGCCCAUUGCCCUGUUCCAGCACAUCUUCAACAAGGGCGUGGGCACGCAGACGACGGCGCUUUACGUGGCCUGGGCUCAGCAAUUUGAGCGCCAAGCAAUGAUGGAGAAAGCGGACGUCGUUUACCUCAGAGCUCUGGAGAACCGAGCCCAGCCCGUCGAAAGCCUCAUGCGAGAGUACAGGCAGUUUCAGGCUCGAAUCAGAAGCCGGGCAGAGGUGUCGGGAGGAGAUCCCGAGCCGUCGCCGGACAGCGUGCCCGCUGCUCCCACCCAGGUGCUUGGCCAUCAUCUCAACACCGUCAAUGCAGCUGCCGCCGCUGCCGAGCUCCCAUCCAGUGGCGUCUGCACAGUUUGGAGCGGUCCCGGCCGUGAGCCCGAAUACGCCGACGGGGAGUUUGUGUCCAUGUACUCCAAGGAUGCGCUGGCGGCGCAAGGAUCUGAGCUUUGCUUCGAGGAAGUGCGAACACGGGCGUACUGGCGGAAGCGGGAGGCCGAGGAGCACCUGAGACCAAAGCGCAGAGCGGAGGGGUCACCGAGGUCGCCCCCGUGUCCCAUUGCACCACCUGAAGCGGAGCGCUCGCUGGCGGCGGCCUCCCCGUCCCCCGCCGAUGGGACGCCGAAGACAUCUGCCACGGGAAAUCCCUCGGCCCACCAGCCCCUCGACAGCGACUUUGAAGAGUCACCCGCGGCCCGCCAAGACCCGAGUCGGAGCCCCGUCUGGCGUGCGCCCGGCUCGGCCUUCCGGGGGAGCGCUUGCCACGACGCGCCCAACUUGCCGCCUUCGCCCACCGUCAACACCCGCGAGGCCUUGGACGUGAUCAUGGGAAUGUUCCGGGACCCCACGCUGACUGAGGAGCUCUCGGGCGACACGUCGGACGAUGUCGUCGGCUCCGCCCCGCCGGGCAACUGGGCCGCCGCCGAGCCGUUGAUCAUCUACCAGGAUGACGUCAGUGCCGCCGCGUCCCACGCAACGCCGGGCGAGAGCAAAGCCACGCGAGGCCGAGGCUUGUCGGAGAAGGCGCCGGCCGUCGAAGCCCACGCGGAGGCUGCGGGGCGGGACCAGACGGCCGAGGGGAUGAGCUGUUGGGACGAGGACCGGCUGGCGGCGUGUCCCAACAACACGGCCGACUUUGCCCUGGCGGCGCGCUGCGUGUCCACGCCCUUUGCGCGCAGAGGGAUCGGCGACGCAGGGUUCGUUCAAGUGGCAGACGUUGAAAAUUCCCUCGCCGUGCAAAAAAACAGCCUGCUCCAAAGUCAAGAAGCGGACGUGACGUGCGCUGGCAGCGCGGCCGACCAAAAUCCUUUCCUCAGACGGUGUCACAAGCUCAGUCCCAUCAUGGAGCAGAGUCCGCCUGACGUCACGAGCGAGGGGCUGGCCGCCCACCGGCCGAGCACCUUGUCUGUUACUUCGCCGGCCGUGCAAAUGUCGCAGGCCUCUGUAGCCGCCGUCGAGCUGUUUACCAUCCCGGAGGAUUUGCCACCCGUUGCCCCGCAGGAACUCUGCAAAAGCACCUCUGCGGUGAUUGCGAGUCCCGAAAAAGAGUCUUGUCAGCCCUCACCGCCGGGCCGCCGGUGGAAGACGCAAGCGCUCAUGUCGACGGCAUCUGCCCGACAAGGCGUGGCCGGUCCUGACGGCGAUCUCCGCGACGGCGCUCGCCCGCCGUCCGAUCCCUGGAGCGCCGAGCUAAUUUCGGAUUUGCUGUCGAGGAUGAGCCCGCCGCUCGCCUCGCACCCGCAGUUGGUCAACUGGCAGCGCGGGCUCCCCGACAUCGGCGGCAAGAAGACCAUCAGCAUGGGAACGGCGUCUCUGCGAGUGGACCGCGUCCUCGGCCAAGGAGCCUUUGCUACCGUUUACCUGGCCACUGACCCCGCCACCUCAGACAAGAUGGUGCUGAAGGUGCAGAAACCCUCCAAUCCGUGGGAGUUUUACAUCCACACGCAGCUCGACCGGCGACUGUCGCCGUCCGUGCGUCAUUUGUUCAGCCGCGUGCGCUCGGCUCACAUCUUCACUAACGGCAGCGUGCUGGUGGGCGAGCUGCACGCCUACGGCACCCUGCUGAACGCGGCCAACCUUUACAAAAGCCUGGGCGACAGAGUGAUGCCCCAGCCGCUCGUCAUCCACUUUGCCAUUUGCAUCCUGCGGAUGCUGGAAGAACUGCACGCCGCCCGCAUCAUCCACGCCGAUGUCAAGCCCGACAACUUCAUGCUGGGGCAAAGGUUCGCCGCCGCCGACGACGACUUUGAGCCGGACCGCCCGGAGCCGGGCCUGGUUCUCAUCGACCUGGGCCAAAGCAUCGACAUGGACCUCUUCCCGCCGGGCGCUGCUUUCACUGCCAGCUGCUUGACAUCGGGCUUCCGGUGCACCGAGAUGCUCAGCGGCGAGCCUUGGAACUACCAGACGGACCUGUUUGGCGCGGCGGGAACCAUUCACGUGCUGCUGUUCGGAACGUACAUGCAAGUGGUGCAAAACGACGGCGAGUGGCAGACCUGCGCCGCCUUCCGAAGGAUGCCUCACAGUGACAUGUGGCUGCACUUGUUCCGCACGCUGCUCAACGUUCCCGCCUGCCGUCCGGCCCUCGACACGCUCGCCGACCUUCGGCGCCGUCUAAGCGCCGUCCUGCAGCGCGACUACUGCCGCAAGUUGGCGUCGCUCAAGCGCCGCCUGCUCGUCCUCCUGCUCCAGAGCUGCCAGGCCGCAUCCCGCGCGUGACACCGCUGGCGGUGAGGCGCCAACUUCUGGGAUGUGUUUAGAAAGAUAGAAAAGACAAAAUGCGCAGUCUCGUUCGUUUCUUUGUCCACUAAAAACCAUUAAGUGAGUUUGACCGCUAGUCGUCGAGCUACCUACUGUCUGAAGCCCAGAUUGAGAUUGGAUGAGUUCAAAACGUUUGCACAUUUGUGGCUUCCAAAUAAUUGGGCUGAGAGACCCUGAUUGAAGAAUAGACACAGACAGAACAAGAAAAGGCUCCUCCACUGGAUCAACUUGAUAUUUGGACAAAAGUUCAUUCUUCAAAAGUUUAUUCGUGAGUAACGUGGGACGAGGUCAUUUUGGCGUAGUCGUUUCGUUCUUGUAUGUCAUGGGUCGAGCGUGUCAGAACAAAUGUCAAAGUUAAAUGAUGCACCUCAACUAAUAAAAAGCGAUUUUAUUGGCAGAAGCUGUACAAUUCA